GGCCUAAAUAAACCCUAAAAUCCUAAUCUCUCCGCUCUCGAUAAUCUCCUCAGUCCGCCCUCGCCGCUCCCUCCCGGCUACCGUUCUUGAUGUUGUCCUGAUCAGCCGUCUCUCCUCCCGUCGCCGUCUCGCCGAACCUGCUCAGCCCUCCCUCCUCUUGUUGCCGAGCGACUCAACAUCUCCGCCGGACUUCCUUCCCUGUUUAGCCGUCCUCCUCCCGUCGCUGAGCAUCUCCUCGGUCCUUCCUGCUCCUGCUCAACCCUUCCUCCUUCCGUCGCUCUCUCCGUCGUUCCUCGCUCUCUCUCUGCGUUCCUCCCUCCUCACUGCUCAGCCCUUCCUUUUCCUGUCACUCUCACCAUCGGCACAUUCCUCCCGAGCCCCCUCAUACUCACGCCACAGUAGCCAGCAACUGCCCUACAGUGUGGUUGCCCCUCACAUUAACAAGGAGGCAGCAAUGACCACUAUGCUGCGAGAACUGCGACUAUCAUUGAAUCAAACUCAAAGGGUUCGUCUUCAGUCUGCGCUCCAAUCCUUACAGGAGAUGUCUUCUCUUGCCUCUACCAUCACUGUCGUUGCUGACACAAUACCUGUCAAUCAUGAAGAUAGCAUCCUCAAAGGCCAUGGUACAUCAGAUCUCAACGGCGAAGUGGUGGCUACACUUUGUGGUGUUGUGGAGCGAAUAAACAAACUGGUCUAUGUCCGUGCCCAAAGGGCCAGGUACAAACCGGAGGUUGGAGAUAUUAUUGUUGGCCGGGUCAUUGAGAUUGCUCCAAAACGAUGGAGGUUAGAGAUAAAUUUUAGUCAAGAUGCUGUGUUGAUGCUCUCAUCAAUGAAUCUUCCAGAUGGUAUUCAGCGGCGGAGAACUGCUGUAGAUGAACUCAAUAUGCGCAGCAUUUUUGAAGAAAAUGAUGUAAUCUGCGCUGAAGUCCGUGGUUUUCAGCAUGAUGGGAGUCUGCAUCUGCAAGCAAGAAGCCAGAAAUAUGGAAAGCUUGAGAGAGGUAUGCUACUUACAGUCCCAGCAUACCUGGUGAAGCGCCGGAAACAGCAUCUUCAUCAUCUACAACAAUACGGCAUUGACUUGAUUCUUGGAUGUAAUGGAUUCAUCUGGGUGGGAGAACAUGUAAAUUCCCAUGGUGAAAAUGACAGCGCAGCAAACCGAGAGAACAGAGAAGAUGCUGUCAACAAAACUGGUGAACUGCAAGUGAUCCAAGAAGUGCAAGAGCCAGAGCGAACAACACCACUAGAAGUCAGGCAGCAUAUAUGUCGGGUGGCUAAUUCCGUGCGCUUGCUGUCUGCUUUGGGCUUCAACCUGACUGUUGAAUUUAUCAUUGACACGGUCGAGGCCAGCAUCUCAUCUAACACCGACAUAAAAGACAUGCUUGCCGCUGAGUUUUAUGUUCAAACUGCCGAAAGGGAGGUACAGCGCAGGGUUUCUCUGAGCAGGAAGCACUAGUAUUGGUUCUUUAGAUGUCUCAACUUCAACUCUACCAUCUGAGCAGGAAGCACUCGAUUUGGUCCCUCAAAUGUCUCAGCUUUCACUGUACCACCUGUUGUUUUAUGGACUGGAUAAUUUUUGAAGCUCUAAAUGAUUUUAAAGUGCAA